AUGCGACGUUUGUCACGCUUCCCCUUCAUAAAGGGACUCAGGGCUCAGCCGGAGGCGUCCGAUGAUCAUGACGCCAGUGACGAGACUCUGUCCAAGUCCACAACUCUGCCGACAGCAGACAAUGCUAGCGCUACAGUGGGCGAGAAGGACCGCAAAGAGUCGGCAUGGGGCUUGCGGGAGCUGGUGAGCCAGCCUCCAGCGAGGGUCGGCUGCGUGGAUAUCAUUGCUAUUCAUGGCCUAAAUGGACACCGAGAAAAGACUUGGACUGAUGCCGAGACCAAGUUCAACUGGCUGAGUGACGUGAAAGGUCUGCGCCAUGAUAUGCCGUCUGCCCGUAUCAUGACUUUCGGUUACAACUCGAAGACGUAUUUCAGUCGAUCAGAUGCAGAUGUGGUGGACUUUGCAUCAGAGCUCCUGGCGGCAAUCAAAGCCAAGAGAACAACUAUAGAGGAGAAGCAGCGGCCGAUAGUGUUUCUCUGUCAUUCUUUAGGAGGUAUAGUCUUCAAGCAGGUGGGCGUCUUUAUUUUCUUUGUGUUCUACCACUAUAUAUACUUGCUCCAUUCUGACCUUUUGAAGCUUGUUGUUCGAGCCUAUGAACAAGACACUUUCUACUCAAAGAUUUUGGAUAGUAUCCAAGGCGUAGUCUUCUUUGGGACACCUCAUAGAGGCUCCGAUCUAGCAUUCUGGGAUCAUAUUGGCACCCGCCUAGUAAGAGUCGGCACGUUGGGCUACUUGACAAACGAUACACUGUCCAAGGAUCUGAAAAUCAACGCAUACAUGCUGAAGAAUAUCUCCGACUCAUUUGUCUACCGAGGGGCCGGACUCAAGAUCCGGAGUUUCUACGAGACCCUCCGUAUGAAGGGCCUGAACUCCAGGGUUGUUGAGAAAGACUCCGCAACUCUUGGCUGGCCAAAUGAACUAGCCAUCGCGUCGGUAGCUACUCACUCCACGGUUUGCAAAUUUCCAUCUCGUGAGAAUUCGCGAUACCAAACAGCCAUAUCCGCGAUAUAUGAGGUCAUCGAACAGGAUGAAGCCAAUCGAGUUUUGCAAGCCUCUGCACAGGAACAACUUUGCUUGCAAGAAUUGGGCUCGGAUUAUCAAGGACACCUAGGCCAAGUCGAUGACCAUGUGCCUGGUACCUGUGAGUGGGUCCUUUCACAUGGAAUGUGGCGGCAAUGGGAUGCUGCGCCGGAUUCCUGCCUCCUUUGGAUAACAGCGGAUGCCGGGUGCGGGAAAUCAGUGAUUGCCAAGUUCAUCGUAGAACAUCUAUUGACUCAGUCUCGCGAGUCCUUGGCACCACGCAACAUAUGCCAUUUUUUCUUCAAGGAGGGCUUGGAUGACCAGGACAACGCAGCAUCAGCUGUUUCUAACCUGCUCCACCAAAUAUAUUCUGCCCAGUCUUCCCUCAUCAAGCACGCGAUGAAACGAUAUACUACCAUGUCACUGUCCACUUUCAAGGCCUUUCCAACACUUUGGUCCAUUUUCCUCGACACAGUGAACGACCCUGACCUGAAUGCAACAAUCAUGGUAUUGGACGGAUUUGACGAAUGCGAAAAGGGAUCUUUGAAGCAGAUGAGUAAGGCUCUGGCUUCAUACUUUGAUCGUGCCGCUUUACAAGCUAUGAUGGAUAGCAAGCUCAAAGUCAUACUACUUAGUCGGCCUGACAAUACCAUUCAACAAACACUCCAGUUGUGGGGCAGACAAGAAUCUCGAAUCUCACAUGCACCGAUGCAACAACAACAACAACCUUUGUAUAAGCUAAGGCUUAUGGCCGAGGAUGAAAGCCUUGCGAUUGCUCGCGAUAUAACGCGUUUCGCUAAAGACAAAAUUGGUGCUUGGGGGCAAAGCUCCGCCCUGUCGGAAGACGUCCUUCAGCAGUUGGAGAAGACGCUAAUCGGACGCUCUGAUUUCACUUUUCUCUGGAUAUCCAUUGUGAUGAAAUUGGUGGAGGAGGCUUUAGUUGACGGCCUCAACGGUGAGCAACUAGAGUCAAUACUCUGUACCACGGAGCUUGAUGGUUUAUAUGAGCGUCUUCUGGCGGGCCGAACGCUGCCACUCAAAACCAAGAAGGUCUUGCAGAUCAUAGUGGCGGCAGUACGGCCGCUGACCGUGAAUGAGAUGUGUGUUGCUGUCGAAGUUCUUCAAGAUUAUCAUCCCAAGGCAGAAGGGAAAGCGCCAGACCUGGCUCCCUCGACGUUUCGGAGAUCUUCGCCAGAAAAGAGUUCGGGGACUGAGCAAAGGUUCCCGAAGCGGAAAGACGCGAGAGAACCCAAUGACAGAUCCCAGGCCCUUGUGUCUGACUUGGACGAGAUUGGGAGACUUGUACGCAAGCCGUUUGCAAACCACCUGCGUCAGUUGUGCGGACAUUUCGUGCGAAUACGAGGUGGUAAGAUAUAUUUGGUCCACCAAACAGCUAGAGACUUUCUCCUUGACCGCUGGACCACAGAAAGGUCAGCGCAAAGCAAUGGCUCAGCCCACAAAACCUCCGCCCACGAUCCCUCUGCCCGUUAUCAGGAUCGGGAUUCGUCCACGCGGCAAUGGCGGCACUCAAUCAAUUUAUUUGCAGCUAAUCGUUAUCUGCUUCAAAUAUGCGUCGAUUAUCUCAGCCUUUUCCAAUUUGAGUAUCCUCUCAAGGCCGAUCAGUGGGACGAGAAAAAGGUGACUGAGUUUCUCAAAAGAUGUGAAUGGGACACUGCUCGAUCUUUCUUUGGUUACGCAGCCCUUUACUGGGUUGAGCACUACCGAGAAGUGAGACUAGACUUGAAUUACUGUUUCGAUUAUUUGCUCAGCCCAAGCCACAACUUGUUCAAAAUAUGGAUCUUGGUCCAUCGAUCCUGGGUGUCAGAAGAAGAGCGAUCGUACCUCGAGGCAAGCGGCAUUCCCAUUCGGAGGGCACAUGCAGCGAAUUCCGAAGAAGAAAAUAGGAAAUCCGAGGCCAACGGAUUCCGAGAAGCACUGGAAUUUUUCGAAUUUGACACGGCUACAUUCGAAGACCCCGCAGAUGAAGUAUUUUCCCUCCCUUCAGAGAAGAUCGAGAUAAAUGAUGGUGAGGAUGGGCAUGGAAUGGAAGAUGAGUUACCGCAGUACAACCGCAAACAUGUUCCGCAUUUCCAGCAAAGACGGCGCAACAAAGCAGCUCAAUUUAUCCUUGAGUUGUCGAAUCCCAUGUCUCCAGGUCGAAGCAAUCCCAGCGCGGCCGGAUAUAUGGACGAGUUUCUGGAGAUCAAUCCGGAGUUUAGAAGCCGUGACCGACAUCCCCCUUAA